AUGGCUGCUAAAAGGAACCACUCCAACCGCAAAGCGCUGGUUUUGUUCUGUCUUUUCCUCGGUUUGUCAUGGGAGGCUGAAGCCCGGCAGAUCCGCUACUCCGUUCCUGAGGAGUUAGAGAAAGGCUCUUUCGUCGGCAACAUCUCCAAGGACCUGGGGCUGGAGCCCUGGGAGCUGGCUGAGCCUGGAGUCCGCAUCGUCUCCAGAGGUAGGACACAGCUUUUCGCUCUGAACCCGAGAAGUGGCAGUUUGGUCACCGCAGGCAGGAUAGACCGGGAGGAGCUCUGUGGUCAGAGUGCACGGUGUCUGGUGAAUUUUAACAUUCUUGUGGAAGAUAGGGUGGAACUUUUUGGGAUAGAAAUAGAAAUAACUGAUGUCAACGAUAAUGCCCCAAAAUUCCAAGCAGAAAAUGUAGAGGUAAAAAUUAAUGAAAAUGUCGCUCCAGGAAUGCGUUUUCCUCUCCUGGAAGCUGUUGAUCCAGACGUGGGUGUGAACUCCCUCCAGAGCUACCAGCUCAGCUCCAAUAAGUACUUCUCAUUAGCAGUUCAGAGUCAUGCCAGUGGUGUCAAAUACCCGGAGCUGGUACUGAAGCACGCCCUGGAUCGUGAGGAAGAGGCACUACACCACCUGGUCCUCACUGCCUCCGAUGGGGGUGACCCUCUCCUAUCUGGUACAGUUCUCAUCAGUGUGAUCGUCUUUGAUACAAAUGACAAUGCACCGGUCUUUACCUUGCCAGAAUACCGAGUGAGUGUUCUGGAGAACUUGCCUGUGGGCACACAGCUGCUUACAGUCACUGCCACAGACAGGGAUGAAGGAGCCAAUGGAGAAGUCACAUAUUCAUUCCGAAAAUUUGUUCCUGACAAAUUGUUGAAAUUCCAACUAAACAAAAAUACUGGGGAAAUAAAAUUAUCAGAAAAUCUAGACUACGAAGAAACAGAUUUCUAUGAAUUAGAAAUACAAGCAGAAGAUGGAGGAGCAUAUCUUGCAAUGGCAAAAGUAUUGAUUACAGUAGAAGAUGUAAAUGACAACAAUCCAGAGGUGACCAUCACAUCUCUGUUUAGUCCCCUGAUGGAAGACUCACCUCCGGGAACUAUUAUAGCCCUUUUAAAUGUGCAUGAUCCAGACUCUGGGCAGAAUGGACAGGUCACCUGUUCCAUAUCAGGCAAUCUACCAUUUAAGUUAGAGAAAUCCAUUGACGGUUAUUAUAGACUGGUGACACACAGAACCCUUGACAGGGAACAGGUAUCCUCUUACAAUAUCACAGUGACAGCCACAGAUGGAGGAAAUCCACCCCUAUUAACAGAAACUCACUUCACUGUGCAAGUGGCAGAUAUUAAUGACAACCCACCCACUUUUUCCCACAUCUCCUACUUCACCUAUAUCCCGGAGAACAACCCCAGAGGUGCCUCCAUCUUGUCUGUGACUGCACUAGACCCAGACAGCAAAGAGAAUGCUCAGGUUAUUUACUCCCUAGCUGAAGACACUUUCCAGGAAGCACCUCUAUCCUCCUACGUCUCCAUAAACUCUGACACAGGAGUCCUGUAUGCGUUGCGAACUUUCGACUAUGAGCAAUUUCAUGAUCUACAGAUUCAGGUGAUUGCCACUGACAGUGGGGACCCACCUCUCAGCAGCAAUGUUUCUGUGAGCAUAUUUGUGCUGGACCAGAAUGACAAUGCACCAGAGAUCCUGUACCCCACCCUACCCACUGACACUUCCACUGGAAUGGAGCUGGCACCCCGUUCUUCAGAGUCCGGCUAUUUGGUCACUAAGGUGGUGGCAGUGGACAAAGACUCAGGUCAGAAUGCCCGACUGUCCUACCGCCUGCUCAAGGCCAGCGAACCAGGGCUCUUCGCAGUGGGGCUGCACACAGGCGAGGUGCGCACAGCACGGGCCCUGCUGGACAGGGAUGCGCUCAAGCAGAGCCUGGUUGUGGCGGUGCAGGACCAUGGCCAGCCCCCUCUCUCAGCCACCGUCACACUCACUGUGGCCAUUGCUGACAGCAUCCCAGAUGUCCUGGCUGACCUGGGCAGUCUGGAAGUUCCACGUGACUCCGAAGCUUCAGGUCUAACGCUAUAUCUGGUCGUGGCGGUAGCCAUAGUUUCCUGCAUCUUCCUCGCUUUUGUCAUCGUGCUACUGGCUCUCAGGUUGAGGCGCUGGCACACAUCGCACCAGCUCCAAGCUUCAGGAGGCGGGCUAGUGGGUGUGCCCACCUCCCCCUUUGUGGGCGUGGAAGGGGUGCGGGCUUUCCUGCAGACGUAUUCCCAUGAGGUCUCCCUCACAGCAGACUCACGGAAGAGUCACGCGAUCUUCCCCGAGCCCAACUACGCCGACAUGCUCAUUAGCCAUGAGAGCUUUGAGAAAAAGGAUCCUUUGUCUUUGUUAGAUGAUUUGAAGUUACCUGUAGAAGAUAACCCUUUGGUUCCAGUGAGUUCUGGUUUUACUCUUUUUCUUUUAAGAAUUAUAAUUGGUUUUACUUUUAGGUUUGGCAUAAUGAUAGAAAAUUUUGGUCUUUAUUUUUUUCACUGUUCCCUCCAUUUCAAUGAUAUUUGUUUCUUGCUAAAACAUUGA